GUCCUGAGGACUCAGACCCCUUGGAAGAUGAGAUUCGCCAAGCAAUCGAUAAAUUCCGGCAGAAAAUGUACUCAUCCAAUAAGCAAUUCAUCAACGACCGUAUCAAGGAAAUUGAAGAGCUCAACUUGCCUGACGAAAGGGCAAAGUUAAAUGUCAUGGCUCGUUACUGGUGCAGAAGCAGUGAAUGGCCGAAAGAGCUUCCCCAACCUCAACUCCCCCAAUAUAUGAAAGAUCAGACGCUCCACGAGCUAGCAGUUACCCGGUUGGAAGAGGUAAAAGACCUUUUCCAUCCAUAUAUGGAUGGAAUCGAUCCCCCUUUGCUUGAUGACCAACAGCGACAGCUUCUUCUGGAAAAGCUUGAGAAUGUCAGCAAUGAGUACGCCAAGACCGAGGGUGAAUUUCGCAUUAGAGCAACUAAAGAUCUCGAUAUCUUUCUCAAAUACGCCAAUGGGGUUCAUGACCCCGAUUUUCGCUGUGAAGCAAUAUGUAAAUGGGACCCGGGAAUGAGGUACUCUCUCAAAAACUGCUUCAUAGAAAUUGAGGAUUUGGCUUGGGGUCAGUUUGAUUAGAACCCCCGUGAGACGAAAGUUGCCAUCGAGAUGGGUAUCAACUGCACAGGGGAUGAGUUUUUUUUUUUUUUUUU